UGCCUUCUGCCAGUGGCUGGUGGAGCUCAGCGGGGAAGCACACUGCAUCUUUCCUCUCACAGAAAAAAAGAUUUUUUCCCCCUUUGUAACUCUCAUAUGCGCAAAAAAGGAAAAGCAUUUCAGAUUCUUCAGGGAGCAGCAUGAGGACAAAUGAUGAAUAUGGGCCUCUGCGAAUCCAAAGCAUGAAUACCAUGGACAAUGUUGUCAUUUAACCUUAACAUAUAAUACUAGUAUGUUGUAGACUCACAAGGCAUACGUGGACAUGAAUCCACAAGAACGUGGAUUAUAAAACUAGGAGACAGUAGAAAAAAGCGAUUAUUGCUCUAAUUGUUGUGGAACUGUGCAUUUGGACAGAUGCCAGGUGAAGAAUGGUCUCUCUAGGAGGUGCUAUUCCCUCCUACAGAGUGGAGUUUAUGGCGGACAUGCCAAAACUGGCCUUUAGAAGCAGAGCUGGGCAGCUUUUCUGCGCUUUUCCUACAAAUCAGCACAAGGACCAUUGAGGGAUCUUCUGUCUCAGAACUUUUUAGAACAUUAGUGUCUGCAUUUUUAAGCUACGAAUAACUUCUCCAUCAUGGUGCUACAAAUGUGGCAUGGUGCUCAUCUGCUCUGGGUUGGACUCUUUGUAUGUACCCUGGUGGAUGCUGGUGCUAGCCUGAAAUUCUCUGGAGCUGAAAGCCAGUGGGCGGCUUUUCCAAUGUGGAACGCCUGCUGCGAGAGCGAAAUGAGCUUCAACAUGAAGACCAAAAGUUCUCAGGGGCUUCUGGUCUACUUUGACGAUGAAGGUUUCUGUGACUUCCUUGAGCUGCUCAUGAACAACGGCAAGCUCAGCCUGCGCUUCUCCAUCUUCUGCGCCGAGCCCGUCAUCAUUUUCUCAGAUGUGGAGGUCAAUGACAGCCAGUGGCACGCCGUCACAAUAAAGAGGAACUUCAAGAACACCACGCUCCUGGUGGACAAGGAGGUCAAGUGGGCGGAGGUGAAGUCCAAACGACGAGACAUGACGGUCUUCAGCCACUUGUUCGUGGGAGGGAUUUCGCCGGAACUGCAAUCCGCGGCUCUUCGGCUGACCUCGGACGCCAUCAAGGACCAGGUUCCCUUUAAAGGGUGGAUAACGGACUUGAAAGUCAACAACUCUGCGCCUGCCAUCCUCUCAAGUGCUGGAGUGGACAGCGAUGUCUGUGGCAACGAUAUAACAUGCUUGAACGGAGGAGUUUGCAGUGUCGUGAACAACGAACCCAUGUGCGAUUGCUCCGAGACUGGCUAUCAAGGAAAAGACUGCAGUGAAGAAGACAACCAUGUUGAAGGUCUGGCGCACCUGAUGAUGGGCGACCAAGGUAAAAGUAAAGGGAAAGAAGAGUACGUGGCAUCCUUCAAAGGCUCUGAGUACUUCUGCUAUGACCUGUCCCAGAACCCGAUACAAAGCAGCAGCGACGAAAUCACGCUCUCAUUCAAGACGCAGCACAGAAACGGACUGAUGCUGCACACGGGCAAAUCAGCUGACUACGUCAACCUGGCGCUGAAAAACGGGGCGCUUUCGCUUGUCAUUAAUUUGGGGUCCGGGGCCUUUGAAGCCCUGGUGGAGCCGGUCAAUGGAAAAUUUAAUGACAAUGAUUGGCAUGAUGUCAAAGUAACAAGGAAUCUUCGUCAGCACUCAGGCAUUGGACACGCUAUGGUAACGAUAUCCGUGGAUGGGAUUCUGACCUCCACUGGAUAUACGCAGGAGGACUACACCAUGCUAGGCUCGGAUGACUUUUUCUAUGUCGGAGGGAGCCCUAGCACGGCCGACCUGCCCGGAUCGCCUGUUAGCAACAACUUUAUGGGCUGCCUCAAGGAGGUGGUGUACAAGAACAAUGACGUCCGGCUGGAGCUGUCCAGGCUGGCCUUACAGGGUGACCCCAAGAUGAAGAUCCACGGUGUGGUGCCCUUCAAGUGUGAAAACGUGGCCACUUUGGACCCCAUCACCUUCGAAACACCAGAAGCCUUUAUUACACUACAUAAAUGGAACGCUAAGAAGACUGGCUCCAUCUCAUUCGACUUCCGCACCACAGAACCGAACGGACUUCUUCUUUUCAGCCACGGGCGGCCCAAACAGCAGACCAAGGAGGCCAAGAGCCCCCUCACGCUCAAGGUGGACUUCUUUGCCAUCGAGAUGCUGGAUGGUCAUUUGUACCUGCUUUUGGACAUGGGUUCAGGCACCACGAAGACGCGGGCAGUCAACAAGAAGGUGAACGAUGGGGAGUGGUACCAUGUGGACUUCCAGAGGGAUGGACGAUCAGGAACCAUUUCGGUAAACUCUGUCCGGACCCCAUAUCAGGCCCCGGGGGAGAGUGAAAUCUUGGACCUAGAUGAUAACCUGUACCUGGGCGGUCUCCCUGAGAACAAGGCCGGCCUGGUCUUUCCCACUGAAGUGUGGACUGCCCUGCUAAACUACGGUUUUGUGGGCUGCGUGCGGGACCUCUUCAUCGAUGGCCAGAGCAAGGACGUGCGGCGCAUGGCUGAGACGCAGAAGGCAGCGGGUGUCAAACCCUCCUGCUCGAAGGAGGCGCCCAAGCAGUGCCUCAGCAACCCCUGCCAGAACAACGGCAUCUGCAGGGAGGGCUGGAACCGCUACGUCUGUGACUGCUCUGGAACUGGAUUUCUGGGCCGCUCCUGUGAAAGAGAUGCUACCGUAUUGAGCUACGACGGCAGUAAGUUUAUGAAGAUCCAGCUGCCGGUGGCCAUGCACACCGAGGCCGAGGACGUGACGCUGAGGUUUCGGUCACAGAGGGCCUAUGGCGUUCUCAUGGCAACCACAUCCCGGGACUCAGCCGAUACCCUGCGACUGGAGCUGGACACUGGACGUGUCCGUUUAACUAUUAAUCUAGACUGUAUCAGGAUUAACUGUACCACCAGCAAGGGGCCCGAGACCCUUUUCGCGGGGCAAAAUCUGAAUGAUAAUGAGUGGCACACGGUGCGGGUCAUGAGGAGAGGGAAGAGUCUGACGCUUACUGUGGAUGAGCAGACACCGAUGGAAGGUCAGAUUUCGGGUGACCACACCCAGCUGGAGUUCCAUAACAUUGAGACGGGCAUCAUCACAGAGAAGCGGUACCUGCCCAUGGUGCCAUCAAACUUCAUUGGUCACCUGCAGAGCCUGGUCUUCAACGGCAUGGCCUACAUCGACUUGUGCAAGAACGGUGACAUCGACUACUGCGAGCUGAACGCCAUGAUUGGCUACAAGAGCAUCAUUGCUGACCCGGUCACCUUCAAGUCGCGCUCCAGCUACGUUUCCCUGACCACGCUGCAGGCCUACUACUCAAUGUACCUCUUCUUCCAGUUCAAGACCACCUCCUCAGACGGCCUGAUCCUCUACAACAGCGGAGACGGCAAUGACUUCAUAGUCGUGGAGCUGGUCAAGGGUUAUCUGCACUACGUUGCGGACCUGGGGAACGGUGCCCACCUCAUUAAGGGAAACUCCAACAAGCCCCUGAAUGAUAACCACUGGCACAAUGUGAUGAUCUCUAGAGACUCCAACAACCUGCACACGGUCAAAAUCGACACCAAAGUGACCACUCAGACCACCAUGGGCGCCAGAAACCUGGAUUUAAAGGGAGACCUGUACAUUGGGGGUGUGGCCAAAGAGAUGUACAAAGAGCUGCCCAAGCUGGUGCAUGCCAAGGAGGGCUUCCAGGGCUGUCUGGCAUCUGUAGACCUGAACGGCCGGCUUCCUGACCUCAUCUCGGACGCUCUCACCUGCGUGGGUCAGAUCGAGAGGGGCUGCGAAGUUGCAAUGAUGAAAGCUGACCUACAAGGCCCAAGCACCACUUGUCAGGAGGACUCUUGUGCGAAUCAGGGUGUAUGUCUGCAGCAAUGGGAGGGCUUCAGCUGUGACUGCAGCAUGACUUCGUUUGGGGGGCCGUUGUGCAACGAUGCGGGGACAACAUACAUAUUUGGGCGGGACGGUGGACGGAUCACAUACACGUGGCCUCCUAACGACAGGCCCAGCACCCGAGCGGACAGACUGGCACUGGGCUUCAGCACGCAGCUAAAGGAUGCACUGCUGAUCAGAGUGGACAGCUCCUCUGGCCUCGGAGACUAUCUGAAGCUGCACAUUGAAAAGGGCAAUGUGGCUGUGAUCUUCAACGUGGGCACAGACGACAUAAACAUUGAGGAGAAGUCUAAGUUUGUGAAUGAUGGAAAGUACCACGUGGUGAAGUUCACAAGGAGUGGGGGUAAUGCCACGCUGCAGGUGGAUGACCUGCCAGUCAUUGAGCGGUACCCCACAGGAAACAUUGAUAACGAACGACUGGCGAUCGCUAGGCAGCGAAUCCCAUACCGACUUGGUCGAGUAGUUGACGAUUGGCUACUCGACAAAGGUCGCCAGCUUACCAUUUUUAACAGCCAGACCACCAUCCAGAUCGGGGGCUGGGACCGGGACCGCAGCCGCUCCUUCCAGGGCCAAAUGUCGGGCCUGUACUACAACGGCCUGAAGGUGUUCAACAUGGCUGUGGAAGGUGACCCCAACAUACGCAUCGAAGGAAGUGUCCGGCUGGUGGGUGAGGCACCUUCCUCCUCGUCCAUCACGCCACAGUCCAGCGCCACGGCCAACCGCUCCGACACAUCCACCUCUAUCAUGGAAACCACCACUACCACCACAGCAUCCAGCCGCAAGGUCAAGCAGACCACGCCCAGGGAGCCGCAGCAGACAACAGAUGACGUGCUGGUGGCGUCCGCAGAGUGUCCGAGCGACGACGAGGACAUUGACCCGUGUGAGCCGAGCUCAGCAAGCCCCACGGGUCCUGGCGUGAAGGGCUAUCCCGACCCAGUGGAGGUGGUCCGAGAGUCCAGUAGUACCACAGGCAUGGUGGUGGGCAUAGUGGCGGCCGCGGCCCUCUGCAUACUCAUCCUCCUCUACGCCAUGUACAAGUAUCGCAACCGUGACGAAGGCUCCUACCACGUGGAUGAGAGCCGCAACUACAUCAGCAACUCGGCACAGUCCAACGGUACGGUGGUCAAGGAGAAACCGGUCAACACGGCCAAGAGCGCCAGCAAGGGCAAGAAAAACAAGGACAAGGAGUACUAUGUUUGAUCACUCCGGAUUAGCUGGGUACUUGCUGGAGCAACAUUUCAAGGACUUGUGUGUUUUUUUUGUGACUCUGAAAGAAUAAUACGAAAAUCCAUUCUGUGUAUAAUAACAAGAACUGAUGAAAAAACAAGCUUUGAACAAUUGUAGAAAAUUUAUCUAAGAUAUGGAAUUUCACUGCAAGAUGCACCUGAGGGGGCGGGCAUGGGGGAAAAGGUUCUUCAACAUUUUCCUCCGGAACGGAUGGAGGGAACAGAAGGACGAUGGUGGCGACGGACCGGUCUGGCACAGGUUCAGCUGGACAAGCCUGACGGUCCAGCCAACAACAGACUGCUCUGAGGAAAACAAAGCUGAUUAAAUACCCAACAGUUACCCAUAACUGAUAAGCAAAUUAUCAAUACAAGCCCAUCUGCACCUCUAGCGUUGGACGGAUGAGAUGUUGUGAUUGCAGUUGCUUGAUUAACAGAGAAUGGAAGGGGUUGGGAAGGGUGAUGUCACAAGCCGUCGGUGUUUGCCUGUGCUUGCUACCGGAACUUGUUUUUCCAUGAUGAAGCAAAGGCUGGAGACAGUGCACAAGCUCUAAUGUUACACAAACAUUGGGGAUCGAAAUGAAGAUGGAAAAAAGGACCAACAUCCAAGCCUGUGUCUAAGGAAUCAACCAAAUGUCUUUCUCUUUUUUUUUGCACCUUUUAUAGAAGCAGCGGCUGGUGCAGACUCUCGUGAGGCCGCUUGGUUAAAUCUAUCAAGGGUGCAAAAGAAUAGAAAGCCUGCCAGCCUGGGGAUCCGAAAGCAAUCUCAGAAAAGCAAUCUCAAGGCCUUACUUUCUCCAUCGGAGGGAAACUUGAGGCCGCAAAGCCAGGCAGUGUGAAAAUUUUUUCGGAAAGUGAUCACUUGGGGAACACUUGCACGCAACAGUAUCUUAUUACAUAUGUUUAUACAGUACACCCACAUCUAAAUGUGCUCUCUGGACUGUGUGACAGUGGUGUUUUAUAGCCUGUUGUAUAGAUGAUGCAAAAUUAUAUCUGCUCCUCAAACCAUUUUUUUUCAAUAAUAAAAUGUUAAAAAAGAGAAAAAAAGAAAACUAAAUGUUAUUAUGUGUUGCUAGAUAUAGAAGAUUUUAUGACGACACCGGCAAUGGCAUUUUUCUUUUUUCAGUUGCUUUCCCUCUUAGGCUUUAUACAAAUGCCAUACCAAAUGAUAGCACCUUGUUAGAGGCCUGAAGUAGUCUGACCUGUAUGUGAAGGGGAUUUCAUGUGCGGUCCCACCGUUUCAGGCCUGCAGGAGAAAUCACUGCCCACCAUCUGACCUCUGACCCCUCUUUUCUCCCAUGGAAAUCCCACUGUAAGACUAGAAAUGCUAUGAACGGACAGGAGCUGUCCAAGGUCCUGAACGAUUAUCCGUCUGUUUUGAGGCAUAAAAGGUGCAGACCACUCUAACCAUUCCAGUCCCUGUGUACGUCCUGUCUUUCUGUCCGUCUCUCCGUCCGUCUCUGUCCCACCAUCUUCGUUUCGGAAUGAGCAAGAAGAGGGAAGUGCCGAAUAUGAGCUAAACUGCAUUAACAGCUUUCGUUUGCGUCAGUUUAUUUUCUAAUUCUACCAGUGCUAUUCUUUUCUACAGUAUUUUCUGUUCGAUUGUGAUGAUUCUUUAUGGACCUCAAAGUACAAAAUUUAUUAUUCAAAAAAUAGUUUUGAAAAAUCAAACGAGCAAAUAAAAUAUUACCUAAGUGAAACCAAAGCUUGGUUUGGAGUUACUGAAUAUUUCUGGGAAAGAGUUGUGAUAUUGCUGUGAG